UACAGGGAAGAAACCGACUUAAGCCAAAACAAGUCACUGAUCUGUGAGCGAAAGAGAAACACUUUCAGGAAGAAUUUUUAGCACGUUUGUUUCAAGUUUACCUUUGCGAUUCAUUUUUGAAACCGUCAUCCAGAAAGUGAAAGUGAAGUUACUUGAGCUUAAACUGUGAACAUGGCUUCGCUGCAUGUUUCUGCUGAAGAAAUAUCUUGUCCUGUGUGCUGUGAAAUCUUCAAGGAUCCUGUUAUUUUAUCCUGCAGUCACAGUUUCUGUAGAGAGUGUCUUCAGCAGUUCUGGAGAACUAAGGGCACUCGGGAGUGUCCCGUCUGCAGGAGAAGAUCCUCGAGAGACGAUCCUCCGAAUAAUCUUGUGUUAAGAAACUUGUGUGAAUCCUUUCAUAAGGAGAGGAAAGAGAGACCAGAGGAAAUCUGCAGUUUACACGGUGAGAAACUCAAGCUCUUCUGUCUGGAGGACAAACAGCUGGUGUGUUUAGUGUGUAUAACCUCACAACAACACGACAAUCACAAAUUCAGACCCAUCGGUGAACUGGUGCCUGCUUAUAAGGAGGAGCUCAAUACUGCACUAAAGACCACACGAAAAAAGUGUAAACAAAAUGAAGAAAUGAGAGUAGAGUUUGAGAAAACAGUUCAACACAUCACAGAUCAAGCCGAUGACACCGAGCAUCAGAUUAAACAGCAGUUUGAGAAGCUUCAUCAGUUUCUCCGAGAUGAAGAAGAAGCUACAAUCACUGCACUGAGGAAGGAAGAGAAGCAGAAGAAGCAGAUGAUGAAGGAGAAGCUGGAGGAGAUCAACACACACAUCUCAGCUCUUUCACACAUAAUCAGUGACACGGAGGAGAUGCUGAAAGCCAAUGACGUCUGCUUUCUGAAGGAGUUUCCAGGCUUAAUGGAAAGAGUCCAGAUCUCACAGCCGGAUCCACAGAUGCCUUCUGGAGCUUUGAUUCAUGUGUCUCAGUACUUGGGGAACUUGCAGGACAAAGUCUGGAGGAAGAUGCAGGACAUCGUCCACUACACUCCUGUGAUUCUGGACCCAAACACGGCUCAUCCGAGUGUCAUCUUGUCUGAUAAUCUGAUCAGCAUGAGGGAGACUGAGGACGAACGUUUGUUUCCUGAUAAUCCAGAGAGGUUUGGUUGGUUUCCAUGUGUUGUGGGUUCAGAGGGUUUUAGCUCAGGAAAACACAGCUGGGAUGUGGAGGUGAAGGAGAGUCGAUGCUGGAGUGUCGGAGUAACAACAGCAUCAAACCAGAGGAAGGGAAAAGUUUUCUUUAACACUGAUGUCUGGAGUGUGAGGUAUCAGGAGGAUGAGCAGAAUUUGAAGGAAGAAGAGGAUGUGGAGGAUGGUGAAGAUGAUAAAGAUGAUAAAGAUGAGGGUGGUGAUGAUGAAGAUGAUGAUGAAGAUGAUAAAGAUGGGGGUGGUGAUGAUGAAGAUGAUGAUGUAAAUGAUAAAGAUGAUGGUGAUGAUGAAGACGAUGGGGAUAAUGAUGAUGAUGCAGCAGAGGAUUCACAACACCCGAAUGUGUCCAAUUGGUUUGACAUUGAACAGAAGCUGGAGUGUGUGAGAGUGGAGCUGGAUUAUGACAGAGGAACUGUGUGUUUCUCUGAUCCUCUAACUGACACACAUCUACACACAUUCACAGCCGCCUUCACUGACACCGUCUUUCCUUUCUUUUCUUCUCGUGACCGUCUGAAGAUCCUCCCAGUUAAAGUUUUCACCUGCAAUUCUGGACCAUGUGUUAUCAUGUGAUCCACAUCAAUUCGAUUAAUGUUUAUUAUAGAAGCGUUUUUCACAGGGUUGUGUCAAAGCAUCUUAAUGUAGAUGAAGAAAAGAGAAUAAAAACCAAUGACAGCAUUUCAGAUUGUAAAACAUUCUAUGGAGUUAGUUUGGUAUCUAAAGUAUUUCACGCAAAAGACACGAUGUACACAUGCGUAGCCAAAUUCACGUGCGUAAAACCAAAUUCACGUGCGUAACAUAUUUAUACAUAUUCACAAAAACAAUUCACGUGCACAAAAUAAAAAUACAUAUUCAUAAAAUACGUUUCACAAAGGCAAAACACCAUUAGCAAAUGUAUGAGAGUGUACAAAAAGUUUUGAAAGUUUAAAACUUGCGAGUUCAUUCUGAAUGAGAAUGUGCAACUCCUCUUUCACGUACGACUCCUCCUGGAUACGACUGUGUGUGUAUUUUGAGACUGUCCUAACAGAAGCAGGCAACUCGUACCUUUCAGCCAAUCAGAUGAGAGCUGUAAUCGAUGUCACCCACUCUGCGCUCCAUUUGCAUCGUGUCUUUUGCGUGAGUCUAUUCUGUUUCCAUACAUUUCAGCAUAUCAGACAGGGAUGAGAGUAGUGCAGAGUGCUGGUUAAAGUGGUUCUAGUUAAAUUUGAUCUUGCAGAUUCGCACUCUAUAACAUCAGAAAGGUCCGACCCUUCCUAUCUAAACAUGCAGCUCAACUCAUUGUUCAAGCUCUUGUUCUCUCCAAACUGGAUUAUUGCAACUCUCUACUAGCCGGGCUUCCAGCUAACUCUAUCAAACCUCUUCAGCUGCUUCAGAACGCAGCAGCACGAGUGGUCUUUGAUGAACCCAAAAGAGCACAUGUCACUCCGCUACUCACCCGUUUGCACUGGCUGCAAGUUGCUGCUCGCAUCAAAUUCAAAGCUCUGAUGUUUGCUUACAAAGCGACCUCUGGCUUUGCUCCUUCGUAUCUGCUCUCACUUCUGCAGAUGUAUGUCCCCUUCAGAAACUUGCGUUCUGUGAAUGAACGUCGCCCUGUGGUUCCAUCCCUACUUGCUGUCUUCAAGAAACGACCAAAAGCUCAACUAUUUAAUCUCCACUUUCCUUCCUAAUCUAUAACUGCCUCUCUGGUUAUAUGAGCAGACUGAGGAUAAAACCAGGAGUAUAUGCAAGCUGAGACUGCAUGCAAUGCUUUUAAUGUGUACCACUGACCCCGGCCCUCACAGUGACGUCACUAGGUCUAUUGAGUGCUUGUGUCUGAGAUUGCAUGUCUAGAUAUUGCAUGUACAAGUCUGCAGCCAGAUGCUAUUGGUUUUACUUUCUUUUAGCAUCUGUGAACUAAUAAUGUUGACCAGCGCCACCUCCUGGAUGGUUUAUUUAAAGCAUGCAACUGCUGCAGCCCAUUGUGUUUUACCCUCACUGUUAGAUGAUAGUAAUAAAUGAAAUGUCUUUUCCGGUGUGAGACCCGCUUUAUAUUGUGGGUCUUAUUCAUCUUAACUCGUGUUAUUUAAGUAGGAAUCGGGUUUAAAGAGGUGGCGGAGGGAUGCUGAAAGUCGAGAGAAUAUGGAGGUCGGACAUGCUUGGUUAUUGAUAGGGCUUCGGUUUCCGAAGAUCUCCUAUUUUACCCCUUUUCCAAGAUGUAAGAUAAGUCUUUGGUGUCUCCAGAAUGUGUGUGUAAAGUUUCAGCUCAAAACAGCCAUCAGAUCAUUUAUUAUACCCUGCUGAAUAUGUCAAUGUUGGGGUCUGAGGAAAUUGUUGCUGUUUUUGUUGCCUGUGUCUUUAAAUGCAAAUUAGCUGGCUCUGUUCCCGCCCACUGUUAUUACAUGUUUGUUACUCGUGCUGUCACAUCAGAUAAACAGCAGUCGGUGACAGAGACAGACAUGGAUGAAGCAGAGAUACAGUUUAUAUGUUAUUUGAUGUAUUUGUGGUGGUUUAUUCAAGCCUUUCUACAAUAAUGAGUCACACAAAUGCUUUUAAUGCUUAAAUUCACAGUACACACACACACACGUUUAGCUUUGCACUGUUUUUGCAUGUCUGCUAGCAACAUUUGUAACAGGAUAUCAGUUAUUAUACACUGCUGUAUGGAUAUCCAUUAUGCUACUGAACAAAAUAAAUCAGAUUUAAUAUCAACAAA